UAAAAUUGUGAUAAUACCUCUCCAAAACAAACUCGCAAUGUCCGCAAACUAAAAUGCAAAAACAAAUGACAGGCGGUCGGUUUGAACACUUUGAACUUAAACGGUCGACUUCCGAAUUUGAAAAUGGAUCUGACGACGAGGCGAGGGGAGGAGGAGGCGGGGGGAGGGGGGCAGUGUGAGGUCACGAAGCCGGAGGUGAAGAAGACCAGCUCGUUCAGCAUCAGGAACCUGAUGGGGGAUUCCGACGGCGCGAGCAACAGCGAAGAAUACUACACCCAAGAAUACCAACCCCAGAAAUUCAGCAUGGGCGUCUCCGAGCCGCCUAAAGACGAUUCGCCCCGAACCACGCCCGAGCUCACCCGAACGCCCGACCUCAGGACGGACCAGUCUCCCCCCACCGCCCCGCCAGGGUCCGCAGACAGUGAUGACGCUGAUGAGUUCGCGCCGAAGAGGAAGCAGAGGAGAUACAGGACGACUUUCACCAGCUUUCAGUUGGAGGAACUGGAGAAAGCGUUUUCAAGGACGCAUUACCCUGAUGUGUUUACUAGGGAAGAGCUGGCCAUGAAAAUCGGAUUAACCGAAGCUAGAAUACAAGUAUGGUUCCAAAACCGCAGAGCAAAAUGGCGGAAGCAAGAGAAAGUGGGUCCGCAGGGGCAUCCCUACAACCCCUAUCUUGGAGGCGCGGGGGGCGCCCCUCCCCCUUCUGUGGUGGCGUCCAUGCCCAACCCCUUCUCGCAACUGGGGUUCGGCUUCAGGAAGCCUUUUGACACCAAUGCGCUGGCGUCUUUUAGAUACGGCAGCACACCAAUGCUAGGAGCACAAUACCUCGGCGCACCCCUCCCCCGACCCCCACUCUUCGGCGCCCCCCUCUACACCUCUGCCCCUCCAUUCCACUCCCUUCUAGCCGGCCUCGCGCCCCCUAGAAGAUCACCCGACCCCCCGCCAGUGUCACCCCCUAUAUCGCCAGGCAGUGAAUCCCCCCCAACGGCUCCAGAAGUAGAAAGAAGGAGCUCGAGCAUAGCAGCUUUAAGAAUGGCCGCGAGAGAACAUGAGAUUAGGUUAGAGAUGCUGAGGCAGCGACACCAUUCGGAUCUGAUCAGUUGAAACUAGGACAUUUGAUCCAGUGCUAAGACCCAAUGGUAAUCGAUUCACAGAUCGCUAUAUACUCGUAUUAUAGUUCGUAUAAUAUGCUGGUGUGAGGAAACCAGAGAUUGUUGAAUGUAUUCGUGUGUAAAAUGCAGAAUAAAGAUAUUAUCUUAAAUUUCAUAAUUUUAUUUCGGAAAUGCGACGCUUCUUUCACUGAAUAGAUCGUUAAUACACUCAAAAGCAAUCAAAACGUAUGAAAUAAACUUUUUUUUUGCUCUAAAUGGCAGAUUCAAAGUGAUUCGUUUUCAGUGUAUUUAGACAAUAAAUGAGGCACAAAACUUGAUCUUAAUGUGUAAAUGAGAUCUCUUUUUACAUGGCUGCCCAAAAAAAGGAGUGUAUGUAUUGUUUUUAAUUGGAAUUAUAUCGUUAUACGAACGUGAAUCGAUUUUAAAUGUAAAAUUUAGAAAAAAGUAUUAGCUAGGCUUUAAGUUAAUGUAAAGAAUGUACUUAAAUCUCCGUCCACUUAUUGUUAUUUAUUGUAAUGUUAAGAUACUUAAAGGAAUGCCUUAAUGUCUCAAUUAAAUAUUUAUAGUUAAUUAACUAUUAUCUGUAAGGGAUCAAACAAGGAAUGGUUUUAUUAUUAUUUGAGCAAUAUUUUAUUUAUAUAAAAGGUGAUAUUUUUGUACAGAGUUUCGAUGAAUCAGUACUAGUUAACAUAAUUCAGGUCAACAUACAAAAAAAAACAUGUGCAAGUGAACUAAACAAUUUUUUUAAUUGUUAGCCAAAAUAAGUGAAAAUUAAAAAUGGUUAUAAAUUAUUUAAGAUAUAUUUUUACUUUUCACUACAAACUAGCAAAAGUAAAAAUGUUCUAACUUAGAUUACCAGUUAUCAAUUUGAACUUAUAAUUUGUAUUAUAAAUAAUAGCACCAAAGAAUUCCGUUGUAAUAAUUAUCCAGUAAUGAAAAACGAAACUUAAACAUGACCAGUGUUUACUGUACCUUGUGUAUUGUUUGUUAUUUUAAAUGAAAUUGAAAAUAUCGGUAUCACGUACAAUAAAAUUAAUUGAAAAUAU